AUCACUGAACUCGCGUGGCUCUGAAAGCUGUGGCGAGUCGGAGAACAGUUGCUGAGUAGGGAUGCUGAGCUUGGUACUGCACCCCUCAAAGAUGUACAAUUUGAACAGCAUGUGACUGCAGAUCCGGACUAACGACCAGGAACGGAGAGAAGCGGACCAUACAUUCAUUUAAAAUUAGUCUCUAACUCUGGCAGCCAUGGCUAACAGAGGACCCAGCUACGGACUGAGUAGGGAGGUUCAGGAGAAGAUAGACCAGAAGUAUAUUCUGGACCUGGAGGCCAGACUAGUGGACUGGAUCAUCUUGCAGGUUGGGGGGAACAUAGAGCGACCAGAGCCUGGGAGACUGAACUUCCAGAGCUGGCUCAAAGAUGGAACAAUUCUUUGUAGGCUCAUUAACAGCCUAUAUCCCCCUGGUCAAGAGCCCAUAAAGAAGAUCCCAGAGACAAAAAUGGUCUUCAAGCAGAUGGAAAAGAUCUCCCAGUUCCUGCAUGCAGCUGAAGCUUAUGGGCUGAUCACCGGGGACCUUUUCCAGACUGUGGACCUGUGGGAAGGGAAGGAUAUGGCUGCCGUGCAAAGGACCUUGUCGGCUCUAGGCAGUAUGGCACUCACAAAGGAUGAUGGUCAAUAUCGUGGUGAACCUGAUUGGUUUCAUAAGAAAGCUCAGGGAAACCGGCGGGAGUUUUCUGAGGAGCAGCUGCGUCAAGGCCGUAGUCUGAUUGGCAUGCAGAUGGGCGGCAACUCAGGGGCGUCUCAGUCUGGCAUGACAGGGUACGGCAUGCCACGCCAGAUAAUGUAAAAAUGUCACUUGGCUCCCCUAUACGGAUCCAAAGUUGCUCUCUCAUUAGCUCAGGGGCAGCGUGAAGUUUCCCUGAUGAUCUCUCUAUAGGGGCCCUAGAUGUCACUUCAUACUGAAAAUCUGAGCGCUCUAAUGGAGCAUUACAGACAUCCUUCAAAAAAAACCUUUUAUGCGCACAGUGGCUCUACAGCUGCAUUUACACAGGCAGCCCAACUCUGAUAUUUUUUCCACUAAUUGGUAUUUUGACCAAUCACAGAUCUUUUUCCAGAGGUGAUCCAAUUGGUCAAAAGACAAAUUACUGGGGGGAAAAAAUAUCAGAAUUGGGCUGCCUGUGUAAACAGCCUUCACUCAGUUACAUGGUCAGGUGUGUCAUUUCGAUCAGUGCGGAUAUAUGUUGUCUGUGAAUUAGACUGGUGUUCCAAGGUUUCUGUCAACACAGUUGUGACACGACAGCAUGGAACUGUGCCAUUGUCAAAGAAGACAUUUUUGGUUAUUUAGGAAAGUCAUUGUAAUGAUAGUCACAAUAGUAUUACAUUAGAGUAUUCUUUAUUCAGGUAAUUUACAGCACGACUAGUCUUAUUUUUUACUACAGUGUGGAAUGUGAACGCUAUACAGCAAUUUUCUUUCACAUAACUUGGUUGCAUGCUAAUGUUCAGUAUUGAAUGUAUUUUCUGGUUUAAUUUAUAUUACUUAAUGUACACAGAUGUAUGAGUACUGUGUGAAAUGUAUCAUGUUAUAUAUUUACAGAAUUUUCCCCCAAUUGGUUUCAAAAUCCUCUAGGCCUCUAUGGAUUAAAUCCUUCAUGAUGGUUUGGACUGAAAAAUCUCCCCCAUUUGUCCUUUCCUCAAGCGAAUUGCUGUUCCUUGCGACAGGGUAGGUGAAUCUUAGCCAGCUCGCUGUCACAGUCAAGCACCAGAUGGUUCUUUGCUCUCUGGGUUAUGGCAAAUUCUGUAGUUCCAGCCAAUCCUGUGCACAUGUCCUAGUCAUUGAUGACAGUUAACCAUUAAAAAACAUGAAGCAUAGACCUGUCAAAUAAAGUUCAGAGUAAAUGUUAGCCAUAUCAGAAGCAACAAAUUUAAUUCCAGAAGUCAAAGAAUACAUCAAGCAAACAUUUGUUUAUUCAAUAAGAGGAAACUAUAUCCAGGUACUAUUAUUAACCACAUAAUGGGACUACAUUUUGUAAUAGGCUGCAUUAAUUAAUUUCAAAAGGAUAACAUAAUGCUGUCAACAGUAACAGCAAAUACUGGAAUGUUAAAACUGGACAGAAACAUUUAUACUAAAAACGGCCAAUCUUCCUCUGGGAAGACUACAGGUGGACAGCAACCCUCUCAAUCAGCUACGGGCUGUUUAUCUUCAUCCAUCUUUCUCUGAAAAGAAAAUCAGUGGGAUAUUCAAAUGGGGGUAUUAACUCAAUACCAAGAACACCAGCUAAAACAGAUCCCCUAAAAAGUCUCAUAUCUUUCCAUUUGGUCAAGAUUCCACAAGCAUAGGUAAAACUCGCUUAAAUCAACAAUGUUUCCCUAUGAAGGUGAUGAUUAUUCAAGAUAUUUAUUGUUAAAAAUGUACAUUUGACAGUAAAACCUGAAGAAUGUUGAGAAUGUAUUGUGGGCUCCAAGGUCAACUACAUUUUCCUACCAAUACACCACAAAGUAAAGAUUCAUAAGAAUGACUUGUUACAGUUGAAAAUUACCUUCAGGUUUAGGUAAUGUGCCUCACUGCUACAGUGGACUGAUUUGGCUGUAUUCUCAUUGGUGUAGAAGAUGUUGCACAGCUUGCAGAAGAAUCCAGUCCUUGGCACCAGAUAGUCUAACCCUGCAAAUAAAAGGACAGAAAAAAAACGUAACUUGUUUUUGUCCUCCCUGAUAUCCCCAUCACCCAUGAUCAUUAAAAAAAAGACAGCCAAACUGAAACAGAAGUCAGUAUCUCUCUAGUCUCUUACCAACUGGGUUGUUGGGUUGAUAAGGACCCAGAGGCUCCUGCUGCUUCUUCUUCUCCUCCUCUCCCUCUGGGACAGCUUCCACACCACUGGUCUCCUCACCCUCAAGGUCCACACAUACCCCCUUACUAUCAGACACAGGUCGCUGGACAUCCUGGCCAUACAAACACAAUCAUGUCUAUCACAUAUUCAUUCUAUUCAGCCUGAGAUUGCGAGGCCAACACCAAUACAUCAUUUCACUAUUCUCUGUGAAGCGUAUUAACUGACUACAUCUUGACUAACUGGGCAACUAUAAAAGUAUUGUUCACAGAAAUGCCUAAAUACAUAAAUAUUUCAGCAAGCAUUUCACUAAACAAGGUAAUCUCUCACCUCGUUUAAAUUGGGGAAACAAAAUUAUAGCAAAUAACCUUCUCUUUCACCACUGGAGAGUGGCUUUUGGCUGACUGGCCAUUAGUCUCAUCUCCAUGGCGAUCUCUUGUUCUUCUGUUGUUCUGACUGGCCAACCACAGCUCAUACUUGACUGGAGGCUUCCUGUAUCCAGAGUACAGAAUACAAUGUCAACCCAGUACUUGAACUCAUAUAGUCCAGUUUAACCAUAUAACACAAUAUUAUUGUAAUCUGAGAUUGAUAUCAAUUGGAAGAAUGAAGUAUUCAACUAGCAGUGGACGUUGGCUGGAUAGGAUAUCAGCAUUCUUCAAAUUCAACUUGAACUCAUUUCCAUCAUCUACUCUGCUGCACACUUCCACUGUAUAUUCUUAGGGGCUAUUGAAAAUUACUUACCAGGAUAUCAGUGAGUCUCCCUUUUUGCACAAACUGACCCUUAUCAGGGUGCCGUAAAAUCUGGGAGGACGUUGGAAGCACUUCUUCACCAUUUUCUGAGCGGCUUCCACACUCUCAAACUGGAUAUAACACUGGAGGGGGGAAAGAAGAAAAGUGAAUCCUUUACCAAUAGAAAAACACAUUAAGUCCUCCCUAAAGAAAUGGGCUGGUGAAACCUUACCUUUCUAUGAACCCAGUUCAAAUGAUAGCCAGUGAUUUUCCCAAAAGGCUGGGCAAGCCGUAACAGAGAGACGUCCGAGUACUUCUGCCGUGGAAGCAAACAAAUGUAGAUAGAUCUCCCACUGGGACUCUACAAUGACAGAAACAUAGUCACAUUACACAUAAUACUAAUCUUUGUGUUACAAAUAUUGACUAUAUGCUAGGUGUGUAGCUUAGCUUAUUACAAUUAAUUCAUCAAAUGCAUAAUGUGUAAAGCAUAGGUACUACACCAAACCAACCUCCAACUUUUUCUGUGAAUAGCACAUUCUAAUAUCGACAGGUUUCCCCAACAACUGUCCUUUGCCUUUGUAGAAUUUCACCAUCUUAUGCGCUUCAUCGGUAGUAUCAAGCUCUAACCAUCCCUGCAAAUAUAGAAAAAGCACAACGGCAUACAAACUAUGAUAACAUUAUUUCCAUCCCAUAAACAAACUAGAUAACUGAUCCCCAAAUAACAUAUGGGCAAGUAACAUAAUUAUGAACCUACCUCCUGUCUGAAGAAGGAUAUGGUACGGUUUACAACUUUCACGUUUGCUCGCUCUGCCAGUUUCAAGAUGGCCACCUCUACGUCUCUAUAGCCCUUUCUGAUUGGGCUAAUAUGGACAACUUUUCCAUCCUGUAGAAAACAGUCUUACUGAGCAACCUACAAGCAAUAAUGUUGGAUAAAAAAACUACUUCUACACUUUUGAUACAUUCCAACUACACGUUUCUAAAUUAACCAUGUAGUCUAGUGAACCAUGUAAAAUACCAACCCAUGAAGAAUCCUUUGACUCUGCAAAUAAAAAGAAAAGUCAUUUGUAUAAAU